AACACAGCAAAAAAAAAAGGUAAAUAAAAAGGAUCGAAGAAAAUUUUCAGGACGGUGGGCUAAAAAUUGUGAUAAGUGAUAAAAAUACGCCUGCAACCAUGGUGGGAAAUGAGCGAUUUUCGUUUCAAAAAACCGUCCAAUGUUUGGCGCGUGUGCUGGCCAUGAUCAAGCCUACACCAUGGGAAAAGGUCCAAACGUUGUUCAAGUACUGCCCGCAGGAAAAUGCGGCCGGAGUGUUUUGUCUCGAUGCCCGCGCACAGGAUGCAGUCAUUGCGCUUGGACUAUAUUUUCUCGAGAGUGGUUAUCAGUAUUCAAAAGAAUUUAUCCCAUACCUGCUACGACUUGCCAAAGCACUCCCGAAGGCUGUUUGGAUCGAUGACGUCAAGCCUAAUAAAAUCGAUAAAAUUCCCACAGCGGAAAAGUUUAGCUUCUGUCUUAACAGUCUCCUGUCAGAUAUAGCGGUCGGGUGUCCGGAGCAUCGCGAUGAAAUUAUCCUCAUCCAGGUGGAAGUGCUAACCGUGCUAACAAACAUGAUCAAAGGGAGCAAAGAGAGCAGCACACUGCCACCGAUUAUCCUCUGCAAGGCGACGGUUCCACUGCUGCUCGGCUUAAGCCGUUCGAUGGGCCGUUAUGCUGCCUGCGAUCCUCCGCUUCUGUGUCGGCUCUUCCCCAAGGAUGAGAUACUGGUAGUAAAAUCAGCCGAAACACCACUUUCCUCCGAUGCAAAGGAUAGUACGAGCGUGAGCCAAUUCCGCUCGAUCAUUCCCCGUUCGAUGUCGGGCAGCCUGUCGAUGGAUGCUGGAGAGUCGGAAAAAUCGAUCAACAGCAGCCGGAAGAAGUUGAGCUCCUUCUACUCCGUACCGUACGAUCCAACGACGUACUUUUUCGCAAAGUACGGUUCGAGCUUUAACCAGUUCCCGAACAUGCGCUUCUGCGACUCGAUGGAGAAAAACGAUCGACUACAGUUCCCGAUCAACCAUCUGCAGACCAUAUUCGCGCUGGCGAAGAAGCUUCUCACGAAAGAGACGCUCGAGCAUCUGGACGAGCAGGCGGGCGAUAUUUAUGCGCUGAACCAGAUUAAACCGUACGGCUACAAAAGCUUCUCGGAAACAAUCAACCUGGUAAUGGUAACGUUGCUGAGGGAAAUACUGCAGAAUCAAACAGAUCUCCCUACACCUUUCACGAAGGACGUACAAGAGUUUGUGAAGCGUUUGUUCUUGAUUGGCCAGACGGAGCUGCAGAACAAGCAGCACGAUGCGCUCGAUCGUGUACGCGACCCGUCGAACAUCGUCGUGAACAAGUACAAGAUCAACGUUAUGGCCAAUGCGGCGUGCGUCGAUCUGCUCGUGUGGGCGAUCGGCGAUGAGACGGAGGCGGAUAAACUGUGCAGCCGGCUUUACCAGAAGCUAAACUCGGUACUAGGCCACAAGGUGGUGAUGGAUCAUAUGCCACUGCUGAUGGUUUGCUUGGAGGGAUUGGGUAAGCUGGCACAAAAGUUCCCCAACAUUGCGGGAACAUCGAUAUCAUACUUGCGAGACUUUCUGGUGGAUCCGAGCCCCAUCCUAACGAAACUGCACGUCCAAUCACAAGCGCAAACGAAGAAGGAUAAAGAAAAUGCCCCAUUCCGAAUCGUGGUUCAGGGAUCCGAUUUCAAAGCGUUUGAUCAUUCGACGAAAACUAAAGGACUCACCAAGUCCGCCCAGGAAGCGUUCGAAGCGCUCCGUGACGCGGCGAUCGAAAACCUCAGCAUCGCUCUCCGGGCGGCACACGCACUCGAUCAGUACUGUGUGCCGGCGCUGGUAGCGAACGUUUCGAAUCGACUGUUUACCGCCGAGAAGCAGGAAAGUGAAUCGAGCCUCGUAUCGCUCAACAUAAUCGUAAUGCUGGGUCAUGUGGCGGUCGCCCUAAAGGACACGCCGAAAACGACCAACAACAUCCUGCAGUUUUUCAUCCAACGCUUCUGCAAGGUACCGUCGGAGCAGAAUGUACUGAUCGUCGAUCAGCUGGGCUGUAUGAUCAUCUCCAAGUGUGAGCCGCAGGUGUUUGAGGAGAUUAUGAAAAUGUUUUCGCGCGUCACCGUACAGGCGGCAUCGCUCGCUUACUCGACCAACCCGGAGCAAAGUGUUUACAGGAAAUCGUACCACCACGUGUCGGAUGCGGUGGUGAACGCGCUAGCAAACAUUGCCGCCAACAUUCAGGGUGAGCUGGAGAUGCUGGACCUGCUCGGGAAGCUGCUGGAGCUGUUCGUGCAGAUUGGGCUGGAAGCGGAACGCUCGUCGGAUAGUACGUCCGGUGCGCAGAAAGCUAGCUCGAGCGCGGGAAACCUUGGAAUGCUUAUCCCUGUGAUUGCGGUGCUCGUGCGACGUCUUCCCCCGAUCAAGAACCCGAAGCAACGGCUGCACAAGCUGUUCAAGGACUUUUGGCUGUACUGCGUCGUGAUGGGAUUCACCAACUCGCGGCUCUGGCCGUCCGAUUGGUACCAGGGUGUUCAGCAGAUAGCGGCCAAAUCGCCACUGCUCAUCUCCCAAACGGCGCACCGGUCGGAGAUGCGCGAGCUAAACUACACGUCCGCCAUCCGGUCGGGCAGCGUUAGCUUGAUGGAGCUGCGCAAUCAAAUACUGCUCCUGUUGGACCAUCCGCCGGCGGACAUAACGGCCUGCAUCAACAAGCUAACGUUCGCCCAGUGCGCCUACCUGUUGAGCGUUUACUGGCUGGAGAUAUUGCGCGUGGAGAACGCAUCGGAACCGAGCCUGGAACCGAUCCUGAGCUAUCUGUGCGAUAAUGCGCUGCUGAAGGAUAAGUACGGUAUGUGGCAGUGUGUGCGCUGCAUCGGCGACCAGGUGUUUGAGAAGUUCCGCAGCGUGCUGCUGGCCCAGGACUCGGUCCGCGAGAAGGUGCUCGAAUCGCAGGCCAUGCUGCUGCUCGUCUACUUCAACCACAUCCACAAACAGAUCCAGCUGGUGGCGGAUCAGUAUCUGUCGCAGCUGGUCGACAAGUUCCCGCAUUUGCUGUGGAACCGGAAGGUGCUCUGGUGUAUGCUGGACGUGCUGCAGCUGCUGGCCUUCUCGCUGACACUUGAUCCGAACGAGGAAACUCCGACGCUGCGUGUCGCUUCCACGCCCUACACGCUGCAGCUGAUGGACAGUUUGCCGGCCAGGGAAAGCCGUGUGAAAGAUUUCGCCGAUCGCUGCCAGGGCAUCGUGAACGAAGCGAUGAAAUGGGCACCGAAGUCAACGCGCAGCCAUUUGCAGGAGUACCCGAACCAGGUCCCGUCGACCACACUGUCCAACCACAGCGGGCUGGCGCUGGCAGUCGAUUCCAUCCUACACACCUGGGUCACGAACGCAUCCAUUCCGACCACGACCAAGCGCCCGCACUGCGUCAACAGCGACACAUCGAAGUUCGUGUCGGUGCUCUGCCUGCGCAGUAAAUAUGCGGGCGAAAUCUCUGGCCUGCUGUCAGUGCUGGAAGAUGAGGAGAAAAAGGGGCUGGCGGAUCGGUUGGUGCGCGACGUUUGGGACGCUUGUGCGGAGAAGAGCGAUCCGAAGCACCGGGGAGCGUUGUGGCGUGCGACGGCCUACCUGAUACUGUGCUCGAGCGCCAACCGGAAGCUGCUGCAUGCGAUUUCAUCCUCCCAGGUGCAGCUGUUUACCGAGAGCGCGAUGGAGACGGCCGUCGAGUGCUGGCAGUGGAUACUGACGGCCAGACAGGAUCUGGAGCUGUGCUUCAUACAGGAGAUGGUGACAGCGUGGCAAACGACGUUCGACAAGCGGAUGGGCCUGUUCUCGGAGGAGCACGACGUAACGAGCCCGCUGGCGGCGUACGAAGGAUGCAGGCUGGUGCCGAAGCCGAUCGUUGUCGCGCCGCACCUGAUCUGGUUGCAGCUGCUGUCGGAAAUGGUCGAUACGGCCAAGUACUGCAACAGGGAUAAGGUGGAAAUGUUCUGCAUGCUGCUGCACCGGUGCCUACCGUUUAGCCGGGACUUCCAGCAGAACCGGCACAUCUCCACCGUUGGCUGCCGGUUUAAGCUGCUGCAGUGCGGGUUGUCGCUGCUGCAGGGCAACACCAUCCCGAAGUCGCUCGCCCGCAACAUUCUGCGCGAAAGGAUCUACGCGAAUGCGCUGGAUUACUUCUGCGGGCCGCAGCUUUGUCCGAGCCAGUCGCGCGAGGCGCUGCUCGAGGACAUCGCGAUACUGCUCAAGUUCUGGCAAACGAUGCGCAGCGAGAAAAAGCAUCUGGUUGCGUCGGAAGUGAGUGACUACGAGCUGCAUGCGGCCUCGGUGAAUCUGUCCGUGCAGAAGGUUUCGCUCGAUACGGUGUCGCUGGCCGGGAGUGAGGUGGCCCGGUCGACGAGCAGCGGCAAUGCCGGCUGGUACAAUACGAUCCCCCAUUCCACGUCCACGCUCUCGAAGCGUUCGGCACGCAUCAAGCGUCCACCGUACCCGAAGGAUGCGUACGACAAGGACUACAUGAAGAAGCGCAACCUCAUCCUCGAGCUGUUGGCCGUGGAGAUUGAGUUUAUGCUUAUCUGGGCAAAUCCCUUGGCCCUGCCGGAGCUGCAGAUACCGGGCGAAGAGUCGGUAGUCGAAUGGCGCGCCCGGCCGAUGAAGCUGAACGUGUGGCGUGACUUUACCCGGCUCGCAUGGUCGUACAAUCCAGCGCUGGCCGUGUUUCUGCCGCAACGUAUCCGCAAUGCGGAAACGAUCGAGGACGAGGUGACCCGGCUGGUUUGUUCCGAUCCGAUGGCGGCCGUACGCAUUCCCGAAGCGCUGAAGUACCUCGUCACUACCAAGACGGUACUGAACGAGUCGCCGGAGCUGGUGUACAUGUUGACCUGGGCGAGGGUGAAUCCGAUUCAGGCGUUAUCGUACUUCUCCCGUCAGUAUCCGACACAUCCGCUGACGGCACAGUACGCCGUGAAGACACUCAACUCGUACCCGGCGGAAGCGGUUUUGCCCUACAUUCCGCAGCUGGUACAAGCGUUACGGCACGAUACGAUGGGGUAUGUGACGGAGCUGAUCAAGCACAUCUCCAAGCGGUCGCAGAUCGUUGCCCACCAGCUCGUUUGGAACAUGCAGACCAACAUGUACAUCGACGAGGAGAUGCACCAUCGCGACUCUCUGUACGACGCCCUGGAAUCGCUGUCCCAGAACAUUAUCUCCUCGCUCUCCGGACCGGCCAAACGAUUCUACGAACGUGAGUUUGAUUUCUUCGGCAAAAUAACCGCCGUAAGCGGUGAGAUUCGUUCAUUCCCGAAGGGCCAGGCCCGGAAGAAGGCUUGUCUGGAGGCGUUGAGCCGUAUCAAGGUACAGUCCGGAUGCUACCUGCCCUCGAACCCGGAAGCAAUGGUGCUCGAUAUCGACUACAACAGUGGCACACCGAUGCAAAGUGCUGCCAAGGCGCCCUACCUGGCCCGGUUCCGCGUCCAGCGCUGCGGCAUUACCGAGCUGGAAACGAUGGCGAUGGAAGUAUCGAACAAUCCCGACUCGCAGAUCGACGGACCGCGGUUAAACUCGCUCGGACCGGAAGCAUGGCAAGCGGCCAUCUUCAAGGUGGGCGAUGACGUCCGGCAGGAUAUGUUGGCGCUGCAGGUCAUCUCGAUCUUCAAGAACGUGUUCCAGCAGGUUGGGCUGGAGCUGUAUCUGUUUCCGUACCGUGUUGUGGCCACUGCACCUGGGUGCGGCGUUAUCGAGUGUGUACCGAAUGCAAAGUCGCGCGAUCAGCUCGGCCGGCAGACGGAUUUCGGGCUGUACGAGUACUUCCUGCACCAGUACGGCGAUGAAACGUCGAAGGAGUUCCAAUCGGCCCGUAGCAACUUUGUCAAAUCGAUGGCCGCGUACUCGGUGAUCGGUUACCUGCUGCAGAUCAAGGAUCGCCACAAUGGAAACAUUAUGAUCGAUAAGGAUGGCCAUAUUAUUCACAUCGAUUUUGGCUUCAUGUUUGAAUCAUCGCCGGGUGGCAAUAUCGGGUUCGAGCCGGAUCUGAAGCUGACGGACGAGAUGGUGAUGGUGAUGGGAGGCAAAAUGGAGGCGGCUCCGUUCAAAUGGUUCUGCGAUCUUUGCGUCCAAUCGUUCCUCGCCAUUCGGCCGUACCAGGACGCGAUUGUGACGCUCGUAUCGCUGAUGCUCGAUACGGGAUUGCCGUGUUUCCGUGGGCAAACGAUCACACUGCUAAAGCAGCGCUUCGUACCGACGAAGAACAGCAAGGAGGCGGCCGCUCACAUGCUGGGUGUGAUCCGGAACUCGUAUCAAAACUUCCGCACGCGCACGUACGACAUGAUUCAGUAUUAUCAGAAUCAAAUCCCCUACUAAACGGGAGAGGUUGUGGGGAGCAAAUCGUUUUAAUCUUACUUGGGUGGGUGGGGUCCACAGGGAUAUAACCUUUCAGUUGUGUUGUUACCAAAGGUAAACGGUAGGGUCUCUUUAGAUCAAAUCUACAUUUAUGCGCGUGUGUGUGUGUAUGACUUAGCCAAUUAUCGGUGUGGUAGAUGUUGUUGUUGUUACUCUCUUUGUUGGAACGAAGGUGAAUCAUCCUUAAAAAUAAAUAAACAUUCAUGACGAACAUUA